UUGCUACUUUCCCAGGGGCCUUCCUAAUCCCAUAUGUGAUCGCUUUGAUCUUUGAGGGUCUCCCCCUCCUCUAUCUGGAGUUGGCGAUCGGGCAGAGGCUCCGCAAGGGAAGCAUUGGAUCAUGGAAGCACGUCUCACCCAUAUUGGGUGGAGUAGGCAUUAGUUGCAUGUUUGUGUCUUUCCUGAUUACCCUUUUCUACAACUCGGUCCUGGCUUGGGUGAUGUGGUACUUCUACAACUCCUUCAAAAAUCCUCUGCCUUGGAGCCAGUGUCCAGUUAAUGACACAAAUUUGACUCGAGAAUGUGAGAAAAGCACGUCGGUCAACUUCUUCUGGUAUCGUCAGACCCUCAACAUCACCACUGACAUUGAGACCAACGGUUGUCUGCAGUCGCGGUUGGUGGCUUGCCUGGCUAUUGCCUGGUUGAUGGUCUAUAUCUGUUUCAUCAAAGGAAUCAAGUCCAUGGGAAAGGCAGUAUAUGUGACAACCACUUUGCCCUACCUGGUUCUCACCAUUUAUCUGGUCCGUGCCCUCACCUUGCCCGGAGCCAUAGAUGGACUGGUGUAUCUUUUCACCCCAGAUUGGGAGAUACUGAAGAACCCUCAGGUGUGGCUUGACGCCGCUACUCAAAUCUUCUUCUCUCUCUCAGUGGGCUUUGGAGGUCUCAUUGCAUUCUCCAGCUACAACAAUGAGCACAAUAACUGCGAGAAGGAUGCACUUUUGGUGGGAAUUACAAACAGUGCCACAUCCCUGUAUGCCUCCAUCGCCAUCUUUUCCAUUCUGGGCUUCAAAGCCAACAACGACUUGCAGAACUGUCAGAUUGAGUACGUGAGGGUCUUCCAGGAGAUUUACAGUCUGACUUACGAGACCGACUUCAAGUUUCUCAACGAGACUAACGUAACCUAUAACCGGUUGAUUGAGUCUUUGAAGACGGGAAAUCCAGAAAUAAACUCCACGCUGUUACCGAGAGAGUGUAACCUAAGCACCUUCCUUGACCAGAGUGCAUCUGGAACUGGCCUGGCUUUUAUCACCUUCACCCAAGCAGUGCUGGAGAUGCCCUACCCUCAGGUAUGGGCGACCUUGUUUUUCCUGAUGCUCCUCAGCUUGGGCCUGUCCUCCAUGUUUGGCACUCUGGAGGGAGUCCUCAACCCCAUUCGUGAGCUCGACAUCAUGCCCAAAUGGCUCUCCGUUGAAGUGUGGACAGGGUUCAUCUGCUUGACUGCCUUUUUGAUUUCGCUCAUCUUCACCAUGGGUUCUGGGAACUACUGGGUUGAGGUGUUCAACACUUACGUGGGCUCCAUCCCCCUCCUCAUUAUUGCAUUUUUCGAAGUGAUUGGAGUGUCGUAUGUCCGCGGAAUGAAAAGGUCUGAAUUUCUUCUUAUAUCUUUCUGUAAAAAAAAAAAACAAAAGAGUAAUUUGUUUUCCUCUUUGUCCUCAAGAUUCAGUCACGACAUCUUUUUAAUGACCGGGAAGAAUCCCUGUCGUUACUGGAGAAUUUGUUGGACUAUCAUCAGUCCGUUGAUGAUUAUCUCAGUAUUGAUUGCGUACGUGGCUCUGGAGGCACAGCAUGCUCCCACCUUUGGCACAUGGAAUCCUGAUUAUAAACUGUUUCCCCAAACUGAGGUCAAGCCUUACCCGGGCUGGUUGGUUGCCAUCAGCGUAUUGCUCAGUUCCGUGCCGUUGAGUCCCAUCCUUGUUGUGGCUUUGUACCACAGCAUCAAGAACACGUCCAGGCGUAAUGUCAACCCGUACAGGGUUUCCAUGGAGAAUUCCCAGCAGGAGGAGCAGCAGUCCAUGUAGCGCUAGUUUGU